CAAGUUCUUUACUUGCCGGAAAAUCAUUUCAUUUUCGCACUGCUGCUGUGUGUGGCUUUGGCUGUGUGUUUAUCUGUUUCGAUUGCUCCAGUUCUGCGUAGAUAAUAUGUUCGAGAAAAUUUUCGACUAAUGAGCAAAUUGUUUGGAAAUGAAGUGAUUAAUAAAAAAAUGCCUAUUAAGUGAAAAACAAUUCAAUGUUGUUAAGUGUUGCCAGUUUUUUUAUUACUUAUUUACAAUAAAAGUGCGUUUAUUUACAUUGGAUUUGUUAAAAUUAUUUUUGUGAAAUAUUUCAGAUGUAAAUGAGAUAAUUUUGAGUCCUAACAAAAAUUGAAAAAAAGAAUAUCCAAAAAAAUCUAAAAUAAUUCCAAUAAAAGUGUAUUUGUUUGCAUAUUCUUUAAAUGAGCUGUGAACAAAUAUUUUAGCUGUGCAUGCGAAAAAUUUUGUCUAUCACCGAUCUGCCACCUUUGCCAAAAAGUCUCAGCGGUAUUAAUAAAAUGCUUGGCUCCGAUUCUGGUUUGAUCAGCGAUGAUGCUGAUGCCAAUAUGGAACACCAAACCAACAAUGAUAUAGACGAUAUGGUAGAAUACCAAAAAGGAGAUAAUAAUAAUAAUAACAACAAUAAUAGCAACAUCACUGCCAACAACAACAAUAACAAUAAUAUUGGCAAAAGUGGUUUUGACGUAGCGAAAUUGUUAGAAAGCAAUGAAAUGGAAUUGAACAACACAACUGGCAAGUCAAAGACAUCGAAUGCCACAACAACAACAACAGCAACAACAUAUGCAGCCGAAACAACCGCAACAUCAUCGUCGACAACAACAACAACGACAGCGGCAUCGAAGAUGGCAACAACGGCAGCAACGCCCGCGAAAUCAGCCGUCACAUCGAAUGCCGCUGGCGCUGGCGGUGCGGUGGCGAGCGUGACAGGAAGCACACUGGAUACGCAAUUAGCCAUUUUAAGAAAAGAAAUGGUAAGUGUAAGGCUAAUGCCUUUUUGUUGUUUAUCGUGGUUUUUAUGGUGGUUAGAGACACACUGCGGGAAUGUAAAAUUACUCCGCAUAACUAUUUGAGUUUGAAUGAAAAGGUAAUCGUGUGUUUUUUGUUGUUGUUCUUUUUUUGUACGUACGAGUACAUACUCGUAUGAGCAAUACGUUUGCUGAAGAUUUUGUGAAAUUAUGGACAAAUGUGCGGAAGAAGGCCGGAAGCUAAACUGCUUCAAUGUCCUAUGGUUUAUAUGGGCAUAUAAUGUGAAAUUUAUUGAAUCCUACGCGUGCGCCAAGCGGAAGUUCUGGUUGCUAGCAAAGCAUGGAGUUGAAGUCUCAGCUAACUCAAAGAGUGAAGAGAAAAGAGGAGGGAAACAAAUUAAGUCCUAUUUCCUACGAAAUAACAAAUCAAAAGCUAGUAGUAGAUCUGCUGGAGGUGCAAAGCGUACUCUUGAGUCAGUGACUCUUGAGCCAAGUAUAAUAAAUAAAUCAACUCUUGAAAUAUACUAGAAGAAUAUCAAGUCAUGCAAUGUUAGCAUUUUGCAUUUAUUUCAAUUCGAUUAGACAUAAAAAAUUUAUGAGCAUUUUUCAAUGAAAUUUUCAUUGGAAAGAGUAAAUCCUUCAACUAAACGAGCAAUAAAAUUUAAAUAAUGAUUUCCACGCUAAUUUUGCAGUAAGUAGCCCAUUCUGUCAACUAAAUGAUGUGCCUUGGUGCCUUUAUUCCAUUUAUUUUAUUUUAUAUAAUAUUUAUAUUUAUUUCAUUCUUUGAAUGAAGAAAACCCAUAUUGUCUGCUGAAAGAAUUUUACUUGCAAACUCCGCAACUUUUUAUGAACAACAGGAAAGGAAUUUUUUGCACUUUAUUAAAUUUCUCAAGUUAAGCAAUCUCCCAUAGUAUCACAGAAUAAUAGAAGAAAGUCCAAAAACUGGAAUUAUUUCUUAUUUACCAUAAGAGAAAAAUUUCUUUAGAAAAGCACAAAAAAAAAAAAAAAAAAAAAUCCACCAGCUCCAAAUGUAAAACUUCAACAUUAAUUGACAGAAAUUAAUUUUCUUCUCACAUCUUAAAAACCUUUCUAGCCAAUAUCCAUUUCUUUCUUGGCUAUGCUUGGCUAUGUUUUUUGUUUUUUUUUUCUUCGAAAGAGGCGACAGCGCACAGCACCCACAAAAGAAUUGUCAGUCUGCAGUAAUAUAGCCAAGAGAAAAAAACAAAACGAGCAAACAUUCGUGUACGUGUGUUGAGAUUUUUAUUUCAAAUUAAGUUAACUAAAAGUUUUUCGGCACACAGACACCCACAACUAUGCAUACGUGUACGUGCAUGCAGGUUUUUAUGUGCGCUGAAGAAAGUCAACAAAGCGACACUAGUCGUGUGUAUGAAUACGGAAAAGAAGGCGAAGACGAGGAAGAAGAAGUGAAAAAGACCAACUUGUAGAAAAAAAUAAUUGAAAAAAAUCGAAAACUAAAAACAGAAUGGUUUACUUUCAGUCUGCAUUCGAAAAAAUGCAACUGAUGGAGUGUCUGCCAAACUGACGGAUGGUCGUUUUUUAGUUAAUUUUAUUUAUCUUUGCACACUUAUUUAUUUUUUAUUCUCAUGUACUUGUAUUUUUAAUACAAACUCUAUGUAGUUAUGCGAAAACAUUUCGUUUUCCUUUUAAAUAUUGUUGCAAGUAAUAGCAGUUGUUGUUAUUAUUCGUUGGUGCUAUGGCAACGGGGUAAAAAUUUAAAUAGCGCUAUUUAAGGAUUAGUUGCGAACUGGUUUCAAACUACUGACAAACCCUUUUGUCACAUAGCGUAUCAACGUAAAAAGUAAGGUGAAUUUGGUUGUAAAAUGAAAAAUCUUUAUUUAUUAUUGUAAAUCAAUUUCAUCCCCUUCAAACUAAUCCCCUCUCGAUGAAAUACACUUAUGCCAACGAUUUUUCAAAUCCCCGAAACAUGCCAAAUAGUCUAUUUCCGGUAUAGCCAUCAGCACCUUCUUCGAUUCAGCUUUUAUCUCCUCAAUCCACUCGAAACGCGUUCCCCGGAGUGGUCUCUUGAGUUUUGGGAAUAGCCAGAAGUCACACGGAGCCAAAUCAGGCGAAUACGGUGGUUGCGGAACGAUAUGCGUGGAAUUUUUGGCGAAAUGGUCACGAAAAACGAGUGCAGUGGGAGACGGUCGAUUAUCGUGAUGCAUAAACCAAGAAUUGUUGGCCCAUAAUUCUGGUCUUUUGAGACGAAUUGCUUCACGUAAACGACGCAUAACGCUCAAAUAAUAUUCCUUAUUAACAGUUUGGCCAGGUGGAAGGAAUUCAUAGAGCACCACACCACGAAAAUCGAAAAAAACUGUCAUCAUGACCUUUAUUUUUGAACGACUUUGACGUGCUCUUUUCGGUCUGGCCUCGCUUUUAGCACGAUAUUCGCUUGAUUGGUCGGUUGUUUCAGGGUCGUAAACAUAAAUCCAAGUCUCAUCUCCCGUAAUGAUGCAUUUGAGCUUGUCCUGAUAGUCUGAAAGCAUUGUUUCACACACAUCAACGCGACGACUUUUUUCCAAGAAAUUGAGAGUUUUCGGUACCAAACGAGAUUUGACUUUUCGUAGGCCCAAAUGGUCUUUCAAAAUGGUUUUCACAGAUCCUUCUGAUAUUCCGAUCAUAUCAGUGAGGUCUUUAACAGUCAACCGACGAUUUUUGAGCACUAACUCCUUCACUUUAUUGACGUGUUGGUCAUCUGUUCACGUCGAUGGUCGUCCGGAGCGCUCCAAGUCAUCAACACGUUCUCGACCCUCUUUGAAGUCUUUGUACCACUUAUAAACAUUUUUCUGUGACAUGGUCGAAUCACCAAAUGCCUUAUGCAUGCUAAACGUUUCCGCAGCCGAAAUUUCAUUCCGCAAACAAAAUUUGAUGGCACUUCUCUGCUCAAUCAAAUCAGACAUUGUAAAAAUCGAAAAACGCACUCUUGGUCGUUUGGUAAACACAAGCGUAAAUAUAUUACUGAUAAUGGCAUUCAGAUGAAAGGUGGCCCAGAUGUUAUUAACAGUGCUGCCAACUCAUGAAAAAAAUAACUAGAGCGAAAUUUUAAUCCCGCGAAGUUUGACAAAUAAAUUCACCUUACUUUUUGCCGACAAGUAAUUGGCUUCAGCUCUCGCCGGUGCCUCUAACUUCCCUGUAGACUGCUCGCCUCCAAGUUUCUCCUGGUCCACCAAGCUUUCUGCCCUAUGUUCCACCUAGGUACGACAGGAAAAUAUAUAAUAUAUACAUAUACCGGGCCUGCGACCAGAAUUCGCAGUGCCUUUCGGCUAUCCAUUUUUCGUCUUUGCGUAGAUUAUGACCAA